AUGUAUCCUAACGAUUUGGAAACUGACUUAGUUCAAGAAUGCGUACACCUUCAAGGCCACCUUUCUUCUCAAAGAAUUUUAAUAAAACCUGAGUAUGGAUCAUUAAAAAGCCUAUCUUCGUUUCUGCGAAAUCAGAAUUUGGAGAACAUUUAUCCAAACUUGGAUAUAGCAGUUGGCAUGGCUUUGUGUACACCAGCGACAAAUUGCUCGGGUGAGAGAAGCUUUUCUUGCUUAAAGCGGGUGAAAAACUAUCUACGACCUACAUUAAGUCAAGAAAAGCUAAAUACUUUAGUUCUUUUGUGCAUAGAGUCAGAACUUAUGAACAAUAUUCAUACGGUUUAA